AUGGGUAAGCCCCUGCCUGUGGUCAAACUCAUCUUUCAUGCUUCUGGCUCAGUUGAAAACACAGGAUCCAAUAGUAUCGAAGGGACAGUAGAGGGCCCUCGCCAGCCUCUGUCCCGGUCUCUGCCUGGUGGGAAGAAUCCGGUCUCUGUCCUGAUGGAGUACAGUCAGCGCAGUGGGAAUCCCAUUGAAUUUCUCAACACUGGGCAGGCUGGUCCACCACAUGAUCCAAGGUUCAUGUUCAGGGUGAAGGUUGGAGAGAAUUUGUUUUCAGAGGCCUCGGCUCCGAGCAAGAAGGCGGCCCGUCAGCUGGCAGCAGAGGAAGCAGUCAAAGAACUCAUGGCUGAUGGAAAACUGCAGCUCAACAAGCCUCAGCUGCCCCUCAUUCCUUCCUUUGAUGAUGACGGGAGUGCUUCUAAGACACCCUGUCCCUCUCUGCCUCCUUUGACUGAAAAUGAGUUGCGAGCAGCCCAUGAAGCAGGAGUCGGGGACCUCAUCAAUCACCUGAACAACAACGCAGUGUCCGGCCUCCUUGAGUAUGCUAGAGCUCGGGGCUUUGCUGCAGAGAUCCGCCUGGUGAGCCAGUCUGGGCCACCACAUGAGCCGAAGUUCACUUACCAGGCGAAGCUGGGCGGUCGCUGGUUUCCUCCAGUUUGUGCCUCCAACAAGAAACAGGGAAAGCAGGAAGCAGCCGAUGCCGCUUUAAGGGUUUUGAUCGGAGAAGCUGAGAUAGCAGCACGAACUGGAGAGCUUAUCCCAAACGAGCUACCGGUGAGCGGCAGCACUCUGCACGACCAGAUAGCGAUGUUGAGCCACCAGCGUUUCAACGCCCUGACCACACGGAUCCAGCACAGCCUUCUCGGGCGCAAGAUUCUGGCCACCAUUGUCAUGAGGAAGGGGGAGGGCCUGGGGACUGUCGUCAGCCUUGGAACAGGAAAUCGUUGUGUCAAAGGGGAGGAGCUGAGCCUUAAAGGGGAGACGGUCAAUGAUUGCCAUGCUGAAAUCAUCUCCAGAAGGGGUUUUAUUCGGUUUCUGUACGGCGAGCUGCUCAGGCACUAUGAUGGAGCAGACGACAGCAUAUUCGAGCCGGCGGAAGACGGCAAACUCGAGAUCAAACCUGACAUUACCUUCCACCUCUACAUCAGCACGGCACCUUGCGGGGAUGGCGCUCUGUUCGAUAAGUCAUGCAGUGAGACGGGAGAUGAAGUUCAGGGCCACCAGCCUCUGUUUGAGAAUGUAAAGCAGGGCAAGCUUCGUACUAAAGUGGAGAAUGGUGAGGGGACCAUCCCAGUGGAGUCAAGUGCCAUUGUUCCCACCUGGGACGGCAUCCAGCAUGGCGAAAGGCUGCGCACCAUGAGCUGCAGCGAUAAGAUUCUGCGCUGGAACGUGCUGGGCCUGCAGGGGGCGCUGCUCUCCCAUUUCUUGCAUCCCAUCUACCUGAAGUCCAUCACUCUUGGCUAUCUUUACAGCCACGGUCACCUGACACGUGCUGUCUGCUGCCGGCUGGCCAGAGACAGUGAAGCCUUUUCCAGCAGUCUCCCACCCUCCUUCAAACUGAACCACCCCGAGGUGGGCAGAGUGAGCGUGUACGACUCCACGCGCCACACAGGCAAGACCAAGGAGUCCAGUGUGAACUGGUGCCUUCAGGACCAGCACAAUGUGGAGGUACUGGACGGGACGAAAGGAAAACUGGAUGGGAACAAACAGGCCAUGUCUCGGGUGACCAAGUCCAACCUCUUCUGUUUGUUCCGCGCUCUGUGCCAGAGGUGUGGCCGCUCCGACCUCCUCUGCCUGUCCUCCUACGCCCAGGCCAAGAUGUCGGCCAUGCCCUUCCAAUUCGCCAAGCAGCAGUUCUUUAAGUCUCUCAGCGACCACGGCUACGGAGCCUGGAUCAGCAAGCCGAUGGAGGAGAAGAGCUUUGAGGCGACAGAGGGAAACAGAAACAACACGUGCCUCCCGUUGGGGUACGGAAACGGUAAAAGAGAAGAAGCAAUGGAGUGCAAGGAAGAGGUGCAGAUCAGCACAGGCUUCUUUACUCAAUGAAAUAUGUGGGGGAAGACAAGUAGAAAGCAGGGGCCGAUUAAAGGGCUGUACAUGUCAUAAAGGAGAAGAACAAUCAAAGAAUGAAAAGUCAGUGGCCAGAAAUGUGUCUUCUGAUGGAACUUGGUUGAAGGCUGCAGAGAGAGGGAUAGAAAAGGGACAGGAAAUGUCAAGGGCAGCGCUCGCAAUACGAGAGGUCUCAGGACAGAGCUGGGGAGAACUCCACUGGCUGUAAACACUACAUACAAAGUUAAUUUUUGACAUCAAUAAUCUUCAUGUCAAACAGUUGCACGGCUUCAUCGCAACAGUUUGUAAACCAUUAGUUUGUCUUUUGUUGACAAAACCGUUCGUCUCGCUCAACUUUUCUUUAAACUCCAGGUUCUAUUUUAGUGUUUCCAGUGUUGUGAAUGUUUAAAUUUAAAAAGGAGCAUUUGUGAGCAUCGCAAAUGCAAACCGGACCAAAGAGUUCUGUUCGUAUCAGGCUGCAGUUUGUUUUUAUUUUGCUGCCGGAGCUCAGGCGUGUCUGCCAUCAGUUUCAAAGUUUCCUGCCAAUUUAAAGGUUUUUAAAACAACAACAACAACUGCAUGAAUCACUUCAAAAUUUAGGCGACUUAAAUCGUUCUACAAUGGUAGAAAUUCACUUUGGUCUUGCUCAGAAUUAAAGUUAGCUUGUCAGUCUAUUGGAAUACAUGCCAGUUAUCAUUUAUAAAAAGUUUGACCCAAACUGGGAGCAAUUAGUGAAGAUAUUCAAGAGUCUUCAGGACUUACUGGUGUGGCUGUCUGCUGUUUCUUCGGAUAUGUCUGUGAAGUUGUGAACUCAGACGCUGACGGGGUCUUUGUCGAGCUAAUCUUUUUAAUGUUGGAGCGUUGUUCUUUAGGCGUGACUCUUAAUCAAUAUUUAAAUAAAUAUGUUUGUCUGGUUUCUAUGGAAGAGGAUGAGGGCCACA